CCCACUUGGAGCCACUCACUCAGGCUCCAAGAUUGCUUUCUUGGCUCUCUGUAGUAGGCUGAAGAAUGGCCCCCAAAGAAGUCAGAUUCUAAUCCCUGCAAGUUCUGCGUGUUACCUUUUCUAGUGAUGGGAUCUUUGCAGAUGUGAUUCAGUUAAGAAUCUUGCAUGAGGAGGUGAUCCUGGUUAUCUGAUCCUAUGGCCCUAAAUGCCAUCACACGUGUCCUUAUGAGAGGGAGGCAGGGGAGAUGUGAAAGACAAGAGGAGAAGGUGAUGUGAAGAUGGAAGCAGAGAGUGAGAGUGAUGUGGGUGUGAUGGCUGAUUCUGUGUGUCAGCUUGACUGUGCCAUGGGUGCCCAGAUACGUAGUCAGACCUGAUCCUGGGUGUGUCUGGGUGGGAUUAGCAUUUGGAUCUGUAGACAGACUAAAGCAGAUUGUCCUCCCCCAGGUGGGAGGGCCUCAUCCAAUCAGUUGAGGGCCUGAAUAGAGGAGAAAGGCGGAGUAAGGGAGAACUCCCUCUCUCUGCCAGGCUCUCUUUGAGCUGGGACAUUGGUCUUCUCCUGUCUUCAGAUAUGGACCAGAGAUGGAACUUGUCCCCUCGGCUCUCCUGGGUCCAGCUUGCUGACUGUAGAUCUCAGGGCUCUCCAGCCUCCAUGGUCAUGUGAUCAGAUUCAUUAUAAUGCAUCUCUUUCUCUGUAUAUACACAUCCUAUUGAUUCUGUUUCUCUGGGGACUGACGAAUACAGUGACCACAAACCAAGGAAUGCCACAAGCCACCAAAAGCUGGGCGAGGCAAGGAAGGAUUCUCCCUCAGAGUCUCCAGAGGGAGCGUGGCCCUGCUGACACCGUGAUUUCAGCCCAGUGAAACUGAUUGCAGACUUCUGGCCUCCAGAACUUUGAGAGAACAGAUUUCUGUUGUUCUAAGCCACCCGGUUUAUGGUCAUUUGUUAGAGCUGCCACAGGAAAAGAACACAGCCAGUGUAAACAGUGCUACCGUAAAUACCCCAGCCACACGCAUGGGGCUGUUAUUCAGGCAUGGAUUUCAGGGAGUGGCACUGCUGGGGCAGGGUGUGUGUCUCUUUGUUUCAUAGAUCAUGCCCGAUAACUUUUCACAAAGAUCCAGCAGCCCGUCUCUUCCCUGCAUGGAUGAGUGUGUACCCUGAUCCUGUGCGCUCUCUCAGCGGUGGGCAUGAGAGUCUUUUCGACUUUGUCAGUCUGAGAGGGGCAGAGCUGCAGCUUUGUUCCUUGACAUGUGUCUCCUUGAAUCUGAGCCAAGAUUUCUGAAGACUCCUCCCUAGAAACAAUUGGGAAGUUUCGAGAGGCACAAGAUACAGGGUCCCCGCUGCCCUGCACCUGCCCUGCGUAUGCCCUUCUCAGCAUCAUCGCUGCUGAUCGAUUGCUGAUUAAUUGGUUGGAUUCCUUCAGAGGGCCGUAGAGAAGCACGCUGUUUAAGAGCCAGGUGGCCUUUGACAUUUGCAGUGGCGAGAGCAGCUCGACCUCACCCAGAGUGCUGAGAAAUGCGGGGCCUCAGGGCUCGCGCCGCCCACCAGCUCCAGGCUGUGCUGCAGGUCGUGGCCCUGCAGCUCUGAGCAACGACCGACCACCCUGACACCCACCGUGGGCUCGCCUGCCCGCGGGCAUCUGCUGCCGACGUCCCCACUGCGGCCCCAGCCGAAGAGGAUGUGCGCCCCCGUCGGGGGGCUGCUCACCACCCUCGCCGUGGUGUUUGGGACAGCGGUGGCGUUUGCACCCAUACCUAGGAUCACCUGGGAGCACAGAGAGGUGCAGCUGGUGCAGUUUCACGAGCCGGGCAUCUUCAACUACUCGGCCUUGCUGCUGAGUGAGGACAAGGACACCCUGUACGUGGGCGCCCGGGAAGCCGUGUUUGCCUUGAACGCACACAAUAUCUCCAAGAAGCAACAUGAGGCGUAUUGGAAGGUCUCGGAAGAUAAAAAAGCAAAAUGCGCGGAAAAGGGGAAAUCAAAACAGACAGAAUGCCUUAACUACAUCCGAGUGCUGCAGCCCCUCAGCGCCAGUGCCCUUUACGUGUGCGGGACCAAUGCGUUCCAGCCAGCCUGUGACCACCUGAACUUAACAUCCUUUAAAUUUCUGGGCAAAAAUGAAGAUGGCAAAGGAAGGUGUCCCUUCGACCCAGCACAAAGCUACACGUCCGUCAUGGUUGAUGGAGAGCUUUAUUCUGGGACGUCGUAUAACUUUUUGGGAAGCGAGCCCAUCAUCUCCCGAAAUUCUUCCCACAGUCCUCUGAGAACGGAGUAUGCGAUUCCCUGGCUUAACGAGCCCAGCUUCGUGUUUGCUGACGUGCUAGGAGAGAGCCCGGAGGGCGGGGACGGCGGGGGCGACAAGGUCUACUUCUUCUUCACGGAGGUGUCUGUGGAGUACGAGUUCGUCUUCAAGCUGAUGAUCCCACGGGUAGCGAGGGUCUGCAAGGGGGACCAGGGCGGCCUGAGGACCUUACAGAAGAAGUGGACCUCCUUCCUGAAGGCCAGGCUGAUCUGCUCCCGGCCGGACAGCAACCUCGUCUUCAACGUGCUGCGAGACGUCUUUGUCCUCAGGUCUCCCAGCCUGAAGGAGCCCAUGUUCUAUGGGGUCUUCACCCCACAGCUGAACAACGUGGGGCUCUCGGCCGUGUGCGCCUACAACCUGUCCACAGCCGAGGCGGUCUUCUCCCGUGGGAAGUACAUGCAGAGCGCCACGGUGGAGCAGUCGCACACCAAGUGGGUGCGCUACAACGGGGCCGUGCCCACACCGCGGCCCGGGGCGUGCAUCAACCGGGAGGCGCGUGCGGCCAACUUCUCCAGCUCCCUCAACCUACCCGACAAGACUCUGCAGUUUGUCAAAGACCACCCUCUGAUGGAUGACUCCGUGACCCCGAUAGACAACAGGCCCCGGCUGAUCAAGAGUGACGUGAACUACACGCAGAUCGUGGUGGACAGGACCCGGGCCCUGGAUGGCACGGUCCAUGACGUCAUGUUUGUCAGCACAGACCGGGGUGCCCUGCACAAAGCCAUCAGCCUUGAGAACGACGUCCACAUCAUCGAGGAGACACAGCUCUUCCAGGACUUCGAGCCUGUCCAGACCCUGCUGCUGUCCUCCAAGAAGGGCAGAAGGUUUGUCUAUGCCGGUUCCAACUCGGGCGUGGUGCAGGCCCCCGUGGCCUUCUGCGGAAAACACGGCACCUGCGAGGACUGCGUGCUGGCCCGGGAUCCCUACUGCGCCUGGAGCCCGGCCGCGGCCGCCUGCCUCGCCCUGCACCAGACCGACGGCCCCAGCAGGGGUUUGAUUCAGGAAAUGAGUGGGGAUGCGUCCGCUUGCCCCGAUAAAAUUAAAGAAAGUUACCUGCAGCAUUUUUUCAAGCACGGUGGCACAGCAGAACUCAAAUGCUCCCAAAAGUCCAACCUGGCCCGGGUGGUGUGGAAGUUCCAGAAUGGCGUGCUCAAGGCCGAAAGCCCCAAGUACGGCCUGGUGGGCAGGAAGAACUUGCUCAUCUUCAACCUGUCAGAAGGAGACAGUGGGGUGUACCAGUGCCUGUCUGAGGAGAGGGUCAAGAACAAGACAGUCCUGCAGGUGGUGGCCAAGCACGUUUUGGAGGUCAAGGUGGUCCCUCGAACUCCGGUGGCCUCCACCUCGCCGGUCACACGGACAGAAGGUGGUAGGAUCACCUCCAGAGUGUCAGCGGGGCCCACCCAAGGCUCCUUUCCGCAGACCCCAGCCGUGCAGGUCACCAGUCCCAGUGCCAUCGCCCUGCCGUCCAGCCCCGAGGGGCCCACCAGCAUGUCCUGUGAACCAAAGAUUGUCAUCAACACGGUCCCCCAGGUCCACUCGGAGAAGACAAUGUAUCUCAAGUCCAGUGACAACCGUCUCCUCAUGUUUCUCUUCCUCUUCUUCUUCGUCCUCUUCCUCUGCCUCUUCACCUACAACUGCUAUAAGGGCUACCUGCCCGGACAGUGUUUAAAGUUCCGCUCGGCCAUGCUCCUCGGGAAGAAGCAGCCCGCGUCGGACUUCUCGGAUUGCGAGCAGAGUGUGAAGGAGACGCUGGUGGAGCAGGGCAGCUUCUCCCAGCAGAACGGGGGGCAGCCCAAGCCGGCCCUGGACACCGGCUAUGAGACAGAGCAGGACACCAUGGCCAGCAGGCUGCCCACUGACCGGGAGGACUCGCAGAAGAUCGACGAGCUCCCGGUCAGGGACCGGCCAUUCGACGUCAAGUGCGAGCUGAAGUUCGCCGACUCGGACGCGGACGGGGACUGAGGCGCCCGCUGCUCCCUGGGAGGUCUUUGUGUUGCCAGUUCAGUCCCCCGUCCAGUGCUGCGUAGGUAGCCGUCGUCAGCAAACCUCAGUCUUCUGUGUCUUUUCUCUUGGGUCGCGCUUGGGACUUGGUUUCUCUUUGUCCUUUCGGAAAACGGCGGCGAGCAUGGCGGCGGGGCCCUUGGAGUCAUGCCUGCAGGCUCGCCCGAGGCCGCUCUGUCUGCGGCGGGAAGACGGCCGGCCGCCGCUGGCCCGGGAAGAGUUGGGCCGUGAGCGUCCCCUCCUCGUAGCAGCCACUGAAAGAGAAUUUAAUUCCAGAUUGGAAAUGACGUUUUAGUUUAUCAGAUUGGUAACUUAUCGCUUGUUGUCCAGGUUGGCACGAACCUUUUCUUCCACAUAAUUACUUUUUAGGAUUUUUGCUUUAAUUAUGUUGGCGUGUUGGGUCAUUCAUUUUUUUAAAUCACUAAAGCAGAUGUUUUAAUAUUUGGAAGAUGUACAUCUUCUGGAUUUUGUUGUAUAUUAGGGUAAAGGUAUGGCUUAUGUUGCUUAAGAUUCUCAGGGAUAAUCUUACUUUUGCUAAAUGCAUUCUUUUCUGCUUUUAGAAAUGUAGACAAAACCGCGUCUUGAACACAUGUCCUUUUUUUAAAAAAAAUUUUGUUCCUUAAGGGAAGCAUCAUUUUCAGAGAGACUUUUUUUCUGUACCUUUUUUUUUUUUUUUUUUUUUUUUUUUUUUUUACUCUUAACUCUUUUGAGGAGAAGGCUGUGGAGGACUGUCCCACGACACCGGGCAGGGUUGGGAAGGAGGGAUGUGGCCCCCAGCGUGCUCUGGGUGGAGCCGGGCCGGCCCAGAGUUGAGGGGGACGAGUGAGUUACAAUCCAUCGCCCACGGCCACUGGUCCAAACCUCCUGCCCAGACAGAACGUUCACCGGGACAUCUCGGUCACCUGAACAUCUCCUUUUUCUUUUUGCUUCCAUCUCAUGCCCUCUGCCCGCCCAGACUCUCCACUUAGCCUAACCGAUCUGUCCACAACUGGAAGAGAGCAGGGCGGCCGGGGACAGCCAGGCUGGUGAGCACAGCGCCCCUCCCACACCUGCCGCCGCCCUGGACCUGCCAGGCCUGGCGCCCUCUUUCAAGGUGCAAGUGGGUGGCACAGUCUAACCAAUACCGAUGUCACGCUCCAUUUCCUGCUUUCCAGACACCCACAUAGAGGAGCCUUUCUUUCCGUGGCAAAGAGCAAUAAACUCUUGAGUGUGUGUGUGGCCUGUGUGGACAGUGUCAUCUUCCAGCAUGAUAGGAUUCGACCGUUUUGGUGUAAACAUUUGUGUUUUAUAAGAUUUACUUUGUUUUUAUUUUUCUACUUUGAAUUGUAUACGUUCGGAAAGUAACCGAAUAAACAGAAGCGUAUAUCCUUGACGCGGGCGCGUGGUUCCCUGUGGCUCUCGCGCCGCCUCCCCGCGCGGCCUGGCCCCCUUUCUUUCUUGCACUUUGUUCCCCUUCUCUGGCUUGCGGUGCAUUCCUGACGACUUCUGCCUCAGAGCCCUCUCUCUUUUCUGUC